GCAGGGACACACCUGAGCCUCAGAGGGCAGCUGGCAUCCCUGGCAGCCCUGUACCUGCCUGUUUUAUUCACAGCUGAUGGGUUCACCUUAAGCUUUUGGCACUGACCGCGUUCAUCUGCAUAGAGACCAUCAUGGAAUGCUCCCCUUGCGAGGGCCUUUAUUUCUUUGAGUUUGUGAGCUGCAGUGCACUGGUGGUUACUGGAGCUCUCCUGCUUUUGUUCAGUCUGAACCUUCACACAAGAAUACCCCAGAUCAACUGGAAUCUUACUGAUCUGGUCAACACUGGAGUCAGCACUUUCUUCUUUUUCAUUGCCUCUGUAGUACUGGCUGCUUUAAACCAUAAAACUGGAGCAGAAAUUGCUGCUGUGGUGUUUGGUUUCCUGGCAAUGGCAGUGUAUGCUGUGAACACGUUUUUAGCAGUUAAAAAGUGGCGGGUGAGCAGCAGGCAGCAGAGCAGCCGGCAGAGCAGCGACUACAUCCGUGCUCGGACAGAGUCCAGGGAGGUGGUGCAUCGCCCCGAGAUCCUGCGCCUGGACGCGAGGAAAAGGUGGAUCGAGGGUGGCGGAGGAUGCCCAGCCCUGCACGUGCGCAGAGAUGCUUUGAGCCAGAAGCUGCUGUCAUGGAGGCAGAAAGUGUUGGUUGUUCAAAAGGAAGAUCCCCUCAAGACCUCCAGAUAUACACGUGCAUAUAUUAUAUAGCUCAUAGAAUAUAUAAUAUAUGUCUGUU